CCGCAUAAACGCAGCCUUCACUUCACACACUUCCCUCUCUCUAUCCGCUGCAGCAAGAAAAAGAAUCUGUUCUUCCAGAGUCCGCCGAAAUGCAUUUCUGGAGAAGCAAAUCCGAUGGCCACAGCAACAAACCGAAAGAUAAUUAUGGUAACUUCGAUAGCGAUGAAGAAGGAAAAGGCCACUCUCCGACGCCAUUCUUGAAGGGGGGCAAGCAUUUCGACAUCCAAGCAUACGCAAGCAACUACCACCGCAGUACCAAAAUCCUCCGCCUCAUAUUCAUCGCCGAUCGCUUCGGCAACGCCAAUGAAAGGCGGCGGAGAAUGCAACUGGAGGCACUCCGAAUCGCGUACGAUAUAGCCAAAAAGGGCAACGACGUGAAUGUGUUCAUCAAAAUCGUGCGAAAAAUUGACGGGAGAUUGGGCCCUAAUUACGACAUGGAUGAAAAUUGGUGCAACUCGGUGAUUGAGGGGAGGCGUGUGAUGAGCGAAAUGCUACAGAGAUGCGCGAAGAAUUGUGAGAAAUCUUACACGGAAAGAACCAUAUGUGCGGAGGACGCAAGAAACGUGUUCAAUUCGAUAGCAGUUUUCUACGAGGACCACGGCGCUCUUACGAGGGCUUAUGCGUUUUACAAGAAGAGCGUACAUUUCUGCAGGAGCGAUAAGAAUUACUCAGAAUUGCUAAGGCGUUUGAUUGUGGUGGUGAUUGAGUUGGGGCAGUUUGAAGCUUCUGGGGAGAUUGCUGAAAAAGGAAUGCAAUAUCCAAAUCUUAAUCCUAUUACAAUGGAGACUCUGCGCUGUGCUCUGGGACUGGCUCGCUUCAAGGCACAUUGCUAUAAAGACGCUGCUCAUCAGCUCUUGGGAGUAAGUAAAGAAUUGGGAAACCGAUUUUCAAAAGUCAUGGCUGCUCAUGAUAUUGCUACCUUUGGCGCCCUAUGUGCACUCGCAACUUUUGAUCCAAUAGAGUUCAAGACUUCAGUUAUAGAUAAUCAGAACUUUCAUUUCUACUUGGAUUCUGCUCUGGAAGUCAAGGAGCUCGUCAGGGAUUUUUACUUGAGGCGUUAUUGUUCGUGCUUCAGACACCUUGAUAACUUGAGAGAAUGGCUGUUGGCUGACAUAUAUUUCUUCAAUCACUACGAGACACUGUAUAAUAAAAUCAGAAACAGAGCACUUAUUGUCUACACCGAGCCCUUUGUGGCAGUUGGUUUGCAGAGAGUGGCUGUUGUUUUUGGUACAAACAUUGAAGCUAUUGAGAAGCAGCUCCUGGCUUUAAUAAACACAAACCAAAUUCAGGCCGAUGUUGACUCCAUCAAUAAAGUUGUACAUUUCCCAAGACAUGAAGGAAAUGGAAGUUUCCCACAGGGUUUGCAGAGUAGCGUGGCUGAAUUUGAUCAGUAUAUCAUAAACUAG